AUGUCUACGGAAUUCAUCAUCCCUCCGACACCAUGUACAAACGAGAAAAACGAUAUCCUGGAAUCUCCGUCUUCUUCCGAUAUAUUUCAGAACCCACCACCACCUCCAUAUUCAGAGUUGGAUGUUGAGGAAUUAAUCAAGAAGAGCAGGGAGGUACUUACCGGGCACUCUGAAUAUUUGGCCGGCGGUGGUGAAAAAAAGGAAAAAGAGAUGUUCGAGAAGAUUACUCAGGUGGAAUCCUUAUUACAAACUAUCUUAAGUGAUCAAACCUUUGCCAUGCAUCAUUUGAGAUCACAGCUAUCAGACAUCCAAACUGUUCUCAAAAAGAUGCACAAGCAAGAAACAGUGACCAAUGAAGAGAUACAGAAACUUACCGAAAAUCUCGUCACGUCGGACAAUGUGAGAUUUAAAUUCGAAGCGAGCCGCGAUGAAACAGAAGUGAUGAGCGAAGUUCAGGAUGUGAAAGUUGUGGAUGGGAAGUCAGUUCGUAAUCCCAUAUAUGAGGAAUUACACAUCAGCAAUCCUACACCGGCCUUAUCCGCCAUUUUAGCGGCACCACCUACCUUAUCUGUUUCUCAACGAUCCUCCCGAGCGCCUUCGAGUGCAUCUUCGAGAGAUUCAUCACCCCCACCCCCAUCUUCCAGGGUUGGGUCACGCGAUGCCUCCCCGAGUCGUGAAAAAAUCGUGUCGGAUGAUUUUUCGUCAAGACCUGAAACUGAUUCUCCCGAAUCAUUAUCCGUAAUUCAUUCGACCAAAAAUUCCGAGUUUUCAAAAAUCGACGAAGGUUCGGAUAGCGACGAUGAUGAGGACAGUGCUAACAACGAGUUUUUAGAUAGAAUGGUUGGCAGGCUGAAGGACCUGAUUAGCGAAGCUGCCGACGCGGUGAAAGAACCAAUUGCAGGACGCGAGGAUUUGAGUAAACUCUCGAUUUUGAACUGCCCUGAUUUUGACUUUUCGGACAUUGAUCGCGACCUCGAUGCACUCGAAGAGGACUCGUCAUGUGAUUUUGAAGAGGCUGAAAGUGAGGGCAAGCAAGAAAAACCGAAGAAAGUACGUGGCAACAGAAGGGGAGAGAAGCCAACCAGCAAAGUGAAGGGCAAAGAAGAAUCUUUUGAAGACAACAUGGAUAAAUUUUAUCAAAAUCUGGAUAAGAUCAGUCAUCUUGUUGAUACGAUCGCGACAGAUGAACAGGUUAAUGACGAGGUGCAAGAUGAAUACCUUCAGUACGAGGAUUCUACCGCGGAUCUCAUAAGAAACCCGAGCGAGAACCUCGCCGACCUCGACGAUUUCUCGCAACAAUGUCGCCUCCUUACACGCGCCCUCAUCCUUCCAUUCUUGCAUGCCACUCACUCCUUCAUGUCCGAAUCACUCAAGACCAGCGUACAUUCAAGGCAAGCGACGAGCACCACUCGAACCUUCAUGAACCUUAUGUACUGGACAUUUUUGUUUACCCUCGGCUCGUUAGUCUUAGACGCGUGGUUGUGCGAAGUCGCGGGGAGACAGGUGAUCAGAGUGGUGGGAUCGCUGAAGCCAGGUCGACCGUUUGGAAUCAUUGCGAACGGAUUUAACAUGCGUGAUGCCGAUCAGCAGGAUGGUGGUAUGGGGAUGUUGGAAGACGGUAAAAAAAAAAACGUCAAAUUUCGUACGGCCCCUAGAUCGAAGGCCGUAACGUGGAACGGUGUGGAAAGUGGAAUGAAGGGAGGCGAGGGAGGGUGGUUGAAGGAUGAUGUGAUGGGUUUAAGUAGGAGAGGUGGACGUUUAUUGACCGGAGGGGGAAGAUGGGGUGGAAGCAAACUGUUUAGAAAAAUGUCUGUCGGGAGGUUCGAAGAGGAGGAGUUCAGUGAGGAUAGUGAUGAGUGGGAGAUUGUGGAUUUUGAUAGUAGCGAGGAUGAGGAAAGUGGUGCCGAAGAUGAUGACAUCGAAGAUCCCGCCUUUUUGUUAAAACGAAAGAUCACCAACGAAAGAUUGAGGCGUGCCGGACACGUUAUUAAGAGCAUCCAUGAAGAAACAUCUGAAAUGAGUGAGGAAAAUAAUGUUGACAAGAAUGACGUGUCCUUUAUUGAAAAUGACAUUAAGACAUUUGGUGAGAUCACCACCACCAACACCACAUCAAAAACAUUGACGGAACCAGAGGAAUACGACAUGGACGAAGAUGAAUCUGAUGUCGACGAAUUCUGUGACCUGAAUAUACCUGGCUCGUUUCCAUCGUCAAUAGAUCUGACGGAGAAUGUACGACGCGUUAGAAGUGUUGUGUUACGCCGACCUCGGCGUAAUGGACCUUUUGGUGGUAGCGGAGGAUUCUGGGUAAUGAAAACCCGAAAAAUAAUAAAGAGGUGUGUAACGGAUAUGGACGUUUCAGCCGCUGUUAAAAAGAGAUCGAGUCUCAGGAUAAAUCCCGUUACGAGGGAAAAGAGUUCGAAAUCGCCGUCCCUUCCUAAACGGAUACGGAUAAGACGAAACAGUAUAUAG